CAGGUGGACCGCGCCUGAGUUGCUCCGUGGCGGCAGCCCGACCAAAGAGAAUGAUAUGUAUUCUUUUGGUUGCAUCAUGUUCCACCUGUUGACUCUGUAUACUCCUUGGUAUACAGUCACCAAUGAGUCGACAGUCGCUGAACACAUUCGUGGGGGAGAACAGAUGUUGCGUCCUGCGCCAUCAGAUUCGCUCGAUCUCACGGAUGCACGCUGGAAUAUGAUUCUUGAGUGUUGGUCAGCCAUGGUGUUACGUCCAUCUGCUUCGAUGGUCAUAGGCUUCUUGAGAAGUGAACUAGAGGCUUUGUCAGCCGAUGACAAGACUAUUUGUGGAUUAGGAGGGGAACAUACGGUGUCUCUCAUCGAGCACGAGGCACACAGACCGAGCCCUGCGACAUCGGAUUUAUCUCCCUACAUUACCAACGUGAUAAAUGUUUCAGAUGCUUCGAUAAACGAUCACACGACUCUUGUCGGGGAAGAGGGCAGUCGUCGACGGGCAUCGUCGGACAUGUCUGAUGCAGGGCAAAGAACGGCGUCUGGUGAUAUCACACAUUCAACCCCCGAGGAGGAUCUGCGCCCUCCAAGUUGGGCCAGUCCAAACGCUGCAACACCUCAACCCUCUUCCGGAGUCUCGACGUUGCUUCCUUUGAAUGUGUUGCUAUUCGGGGAGACCGGAGUCGACAAAAGCUCUAUCAUUCAAUUGAUUGUCGGGCAAAAUAUUGUUGAUGCAGUGCCGGGUGGGCCUUACCCUAUGCUGAAACGUGUCGCUGGAGUUACCCUUGGAGAGCGCCGUUUCGAACUUUGGGAAGUUUCUUCCUCGAUGAGUUUCUUCCCGCGAUUUAUUGCAAAAUGGCGACUAGGAGCAUCAUAUAAAAGGCUGUAUAGGAACGGUGGGGCGCCUCUUGUCCUAUAUUGCAUGAAGGGAAAAAGUACCCCAACAGCAUCCAGGGAAUAUCAAGAUUUCACUGACAUUGUCGGCUCCACCAGCUGCGUAUCAAUUUCUGCCGUGGUCGAUGGUUUGGAGGAGUCUCUGACAAACAUGGAUGAUUGGUGGACGAAAUACAAGGGGGACCUGAUACGCCUCGGCAUGCAGUUUUCCAAUCACGUGUGCAUCACCUUGCUCCCCGAUGAUCCAAACGCUUUACGCAGCCUCAUCGAAUCCUACGCAUCAUACCCUAGACACACAUCAUAGAAGAUGCUGGUAGUAGCGGGGCGUUCUGACGUGGCUUGUGCAGGUCACAUUAGUAAACUCGUGACUCCUUCAGAUAUUGUGGCUACUAUAGAAGGAUUUAGAUUUAAUUAUGCUCCUACCAAACAUCAUAGUAUUAUGUAUGCUACGAGAUAUCUGAUUUACUCAUACACAGUGGUAGACGGUUGCUAAUAUAGACAAG